AGGAUAAAUCAAGGCAUGGAAGGAAAGCCCAUGGGCUAUUUCAAAGAACUAAGACGCAUGGCCACAUCUGGGGAAAGCUGUGAAAUGUGCUCAUCUGUGGGACCAAGAGGGAAACAGGAUUUGGUGAACACCUGCAAUGCCUCUGCCUCCAGAAUGAAUGCUAUCCUGAAGGAAGAAAUGAAAAGAUUGCAGAAUCCUUUAGAACAAGUUAAUGAUGGAAAAUAUUUACUUGAAAAUCACCAGAUGGCCAUGGAUAUGGAGAAUAAUAUUGAAAAAUAUCACCUCAAUCUACAGCCCCUGGAAUCAAAGGUGAAAAUCAUUCAGAGAGCCUGGCGUGAGUACCUGCAGAGGCAGGACCCCCUGGAGAAGAGGAGCCCGUCCCCACCCUCUGUGUCCUCGGAGAAGCUGAGCAGCUCUGUCAGCAUGAACACCUUCUCAGACAGCAGCACACCCGAUUACCGAGAGGAUGGGAUGGAUCUAGGCAGUGACGCCGGCAGCAGCAGCAGCAGCAGCCGCGCCAGUUCUCAGUCCAACUCCACCAAAGUGACCCCUUGCUCCGAGUGCAAAUCCUCGUCGUCGCCGGGGGGCAGCCUGGACUUGGUGUCUGCCCUGGAAGACUAUGAGGAGCCCUUCCCGGUCUACCAAAAGAAGGUGAUUGAUGAGUGGGCGCCGGAGGAGGACGGAGAGGAGGAGGAAGAGGAAGACGAGCGCGACGAGCGGGGGUACCGGGAUGAUCGCUGUCCGGCCCGGGAGCCGGGGGACGUGAGCGCCAGGACCCGCGGCGGCGGGCGCAAGGGCGCCACCACUGUCAUGCCGCCUCCUGUGCCCAACGGCAACCUCCACCCGCACGACCCCCAGGACCUCAGGCACAAUGGCAACGUGGUGGUGGUGGCCGGCCGGCCCAGCGGUUCUCGGGGCCCCCGCCGGGCGGUCCAGAAGCCCCAGCCGGCGCGGGGCCGACGCGGCGGCCGGGGCCCGGCGGCUGGGGUCCUCUGCCUUCAGCCCACCGACGGCGGGACGUGCGUCCCGGAGGAGCCCCCGGUGCCCCCUAUGGACUGGGAGGCACUGGAGAAGCAUCUGGCUGGACUGCAGUUCCGGGAGCAGGAGGUGCGGAACCAGGGCCAAGCGAGGACCAACUCCACCUCCGCACAGAAAAAUGAGAGAGAAUCUAUCCGACAGAAGUUGGCACUUGGAAGUUUCUUUGAUGAUGGCCCAGGAAUUUAUACCAGCUGUAGCAAAAGUGGGAAGCCAAGCCUUUCCUCUCGGCUGCAGAGUGGGAUGAACCUGCAGAUAUGCUUCGUCAACGACAGCGGCAGUGAUAAGGACAGCGAUGCUGAUGACAGUAAGACUGAAACCAGCUUGGACACCCCCUUGUCUCCCAUGAGCAAACAGAGUUCUUCCUAUUCUGAUAGAGACACUACUGAAGAGGAAUCCGAAUCCCUGGAUGACAUGGAUUUCCUCACAAGGCAAAAGAAAUUGCAAGCCGAAGCCAAAAUGGCCCUCGCCAUGGCCAAACCAAUGGCCAAAAUGCAAGUAGAAGUGGAAAAACAGAACAGGAAAAAGUCUCCCGUCGCUGAUCUCCUACCACACAUGCCUCAUAUAAGCGAAUGCCUGAUGAAAAGAAGUUUAAAGCCCACCGACCUGCGGGACAUGACUCUUGGGCAGCUACAAGUGAUAGUCAAUGAUCUCCACUCCCAGAUAGAAAGCUUGAAUGAAGAGCUGGUCCAGCUGCUCCUCAUCCGAGACGAGCUGCACACAGAGCAAGACGCCAUGCUGGUGGACAUCGAGGACUUGACCAGACAUGCGGAAAGUCAGCAGAAACACAUGGCAGAGAAAAUGCCUGCCAAGUAAAAGAAGCCAUCCGACCGAGAGGACAAGCUAGAAUUUCUUUUGCUUCCGUGGUUGUAAAAAUGCUGUUUCUAAAGGUGGCGCAGAAACAAAUGAAUAUCAGUGUUAGCCAUUGAUAAUGUCUGAAGCUUAACGUCCAGUGACUGGCCUUUGCUUCUUAAUUUAUUUUAAUUUUUUUACUGUGCCACUAAAUGUCAGGCAUUUUAAUAAAAUAUUGUUACAAAAAAUGUACAGUACUGACACCAUCACAAGUCAUGGUUCUCAAAGAGGGUAGUUUUGACUUUAUUUUUAUUUGUUUAGAGAUUUGAAGUUGGAGCAGUAUUUUACCACUGACUACUUUCAUUCUUCACUGUAGUUUUAAAGAAGACCUGUAAAUGAUGGUGCUAUCUAUACAAGUCAGAAAUACAUGCCUGCCUCGUAGUGAAGUUGUAGCUCUCCGUAAUACGUACAUUUUAAUCAGUUUUCAACAUUUUGUGAAUGUUGACUACCUGAAGUUCAUUUUUAGAUGUGCUAUUAACAUUCUGUUGGAUUCAGAGGGUUCCUUGAAAGUUUUAUGUAUAAAUAUGUAAAAUAAAAAUUAAAACUUUGUUUCAUA